CAAAAAACCUGAUAUCGACAAUGAUGGAACAUGAUAACAUGGACAUUACACCAGUGCAUACCCCGGGAUCUGUGUCUGCAGUUACACCCCCUUCCACGCCGACAGUGAGCGUAAACCAUCCCUCCUUUCCGACAACGCCGACUAUGGUAUCGUCCCACAAUUCAUCGUCGAAGCGAGUGACGCCAGGAAUGGCUUGUCUGGUGUGCGGUGAUGUCAGCAGCGGCAAACACUAUGGUAUCUACGCGUGUAAUGGUUGCAGUGGCUUCUUCAAACGGAGCGUGCGCAGAAAACUCAUAUACAGAUGCCAGGCCGGUACUGGAUUGUGCACUGUAGACAAAGCCCAUCGCAACCAGUGUCAGGCAUGCAGACUGAAAAAAUGUAUGCAAACUGGCAUGAAUAAAGACGCUGUACAAAACGAGCGCCAACCUCGAAACAGCAGCCAAGUACGAAUCGACUGUGCUCCCCUCGUCUCCGCCACGGGAGACAAUCCGGAUAUUAUACCGAGUCCGAAUCGCGAGCCCACAUCGUCCACUGUGAUGACGCCACAACACCAGAGAUCCUCAAGCCCCGGCACGAACCAUCGAUUUAUGGCCAGUCUCAUGACAGCUGAGACAUAUGCCAAGCUGGAGCCGCAAGAAGCUGAAGAAAACAUCGACGUUACAAGUAUCGAUCAAGAACAGGAAAACGAACUUCACCGCCGACAUUUUUGGAACGGAAAUAUGAACACUCGAGAUAUACCGACGGUUUACCCGAAUACCCAAGAAAACAUAUAUGAGUCAUCGGCAAGAUUACUCUUCAUGGCUGUAAAAUGGGCUAAAAAUCUACCUUCGUUCUCGGCACUGCCGUUCAGGGAUCAGGUAAUUUUGUUAGAAGAGGCGUGGAGCGAACUCUUUUUACUGUGCGCCAUUCAGUGGUCCAUGCCGCUGGAAUCGUCGCCGUUAUUAGUUGCACCAGAACAGAGCCAGGCAACUCAACUGAAUGGGAAAACCGCGGCUAUGCUGUCAGAUAUACGUGUGUUACAAGAGAUUAUGGCUAGAUUUAAAGCCAUGAACGUCGACCCAGCUGAGUUUGCGUGUAUGAAGGCAAUCGUGCUUUUUAAACCAGAUACUCGUGGACUCAAAGACCCACAGCAAGUAGAAAACCUUCAAGACCAGGCACAAUUAAUGCUAGGACAACACACAAGGAAUCACCCAACACAACCGACAAGAUUUGGAAGACUUCUGUUGAUGUUACCAUCGUUACGGUUUGUCACGCCAAACAGGAUAGAAAAUUUGUUUUUUCACCACACCAUCGGCAACACUCCCAUGGAAAGACUUCUCUGCGAUAUGUUCAAAAAUUAAAGCUCGUCGGUGGAGGCGCUAUUUGUCGAACAAUGCCGAUUCAAGCCAGGACAAUACUCAAACGGAGUCGAACGUACACAAUCUCCGAUCACAGAUAUUUACACCACGGUACUAAUGGACGUUAUGUGUGAACGGACUUCGAACGAGUUGAUGUUUCACCAAAUCCAUCGCGUGGUGUACCCUAUGUUGAAUGUGACGCAGUUUGAACAAUUCUGAAGACACGAACGGCAGAAUAGAAAGAAGAUUGUCUCAUUUCGCACCAUAAUUACAUGGAUAAUCCUUCACAACUAAACAAUGUAUAUAUUUCUCAUGAACUCAUCCACAACUAGAUUAGCCGGCACUACAACGCACCCCAACAACGUGUUUUCCCCAUCACGAUUCAAGCUCAGUUUUUCGAGCUUACGUUUUGCUGUUUUGCCAGUCUGUGUGCGUGUGUAGAUGAAUCAUCCAUAGUCACAUUUGCAGACAGUUAUAAAAUACAGUCGAUUUGAAUAUAUGAAAAAAGCCACCAGAUUAUGUUUUGUCAAUAUUAUUUUAUUCCUUGCCUCUCGUUGAAGAGUUAGUUUACAUAUAGUGAGAGACGGUGGUCGUUGAGUCCCAUGCGACCUAUACGACGUGUACAUACAUAGUUUGUUUACACAAUAUUCGAACAAGCGCUGCUUUACGACCAGCGACCAUUAAAUCGAUUAUGUUAAUUUCUAAACAUGUUUAUCAUUUUCAAGAUUUGAAAAUGUAUUUCAAAUUUUCUUGAUGUUUGUAAAAAAUUGUGCAAUGUAUGCAAAGAAUGUUUACAUUAGUAUAUAAUUUAGUAUUUUCAACCGAAUUUUAAAGUUGAUCGAAUUUGAAAUAAGUUUGGCUCCAAGAGCAAAUACACCACAGAGCGGCGGCGGCUCACAGCGCCCUCUUAAGUCUAAUAACAAACUUUUCAUUUCAAUUUUAAAUUGUCUAUUUUGAGUAACUUAUUAACCAACAUACUAUUUCAGUGUAUGGUAUUCUAACCAGGACGCAUGAUGGAUAUUGAUAUUUUUAAUAGCGAUAAAAUAAUUUUGAAAACA